AUGUUCUCUAAACCUGGACGGGUUCUCCUUCUUUUCCUCUCAGCAGGUGUGCUUCAAACCGAUGCAAUCCCGGACGACGGUGCCGAGAACUCUUUACUCCCGACCUUCACUCUCCUCGGCGGAAAUGGAGGCUCAGAAACGGGACGAUGCACUGGAACCGAUCUUGACAAUCUCAAAGCAUCUUACGAAGAUAUGUGCCUGAUGGCACGCUCAGCCAGCAACGAAUUAGAGUUUCUUCUAAAACAGGCGGAAGUUACUGAAGGCGAUGGGCCGCCCAGGCCGGACGAUGACGCACAGGUGCCAGUUGAUAAUUGGAAGAGGUGGCAACGUAUUCGUGAAACGUAUUUUUCGCUGUUUGGCAGGGAUCCUUUCGUGAAGAAGAAUGACCCGCCGGGUGCGAAAAAGCCUGGGGAGACUAUUCUUGGGCAUGAAAGAACCGUGAAGAGUGAGUAG